CCUCCCGCACCAAAAACCCGCGACCCAAAUCCCGCAGCAUCUCCACGAAUCCUCCCAACCUCGACCACCAGAUCCGCCCCGACCUCGCGCAUGGCGCACCCGGCCGAGGACCGCCGCCUCCGCUCCCCGCAGCCGUCGGCGCGCUGCGACCACGAGCACCACAACCGCUUCCUCCGCCCCGGCGCGCUCGCCAGGCUCCGCGACUCCAAGAUCGUCGCGCGCUCCCUCCGCUCCGCCGCCUCCGCGCGCCUCCUCUCGCCCUCCUCGCCCGCCCCCUUGUCACCCACGCACGCCGCGGAGACCGGCGUGCCGCACUUCGUCGGGGGCGCGCGCGGCGGCAUGCGGUACCCGCUCCGGAAGAAGCUCGCCGCCGCCAGGGGCGUCGUGUUCCUGCCCCCGCCGCCCAUGUCGCCGGGCGCCAUGGAGGCCUUCCUCGGCGCCUUCGCCGCCGCGCCGUCCGAGCUCCUCGCCGCGCACUGAUAGGCCGCUGCGGGAUGCGUUCGGGGGCGGCGCAGUCGGAGCUGGAUGCUGCCUACUGAAGACCAACUAUUUGUGCCGCUCGGCUGCUGUCUAGGCUUCGUUAGAUCUGUGUAGAUGCUUCUUUCUUUUUUCCUUUCUUUUAGGAGCUGCAACUUUUUUUCAGAUGUAGGAAGUGCAACCUUGGGAGUAGAAAAUAUCUGUGUAAUCUUUUAUGUAAAAAAAACAAAGGUCUGUGGUCUUGACCUCUAAAUAAUCUUCUGUAAUGUAUGCAUCUUCAUCUCUAAAUAAUCUAAUGUAAUGUUUGGAUCUUCA